AUGGGAAAUAAUGCUUCUAAUAUAUCCCCAAACAACAGAUUAGGUAUCUCAAUUACAAAACAAGUCUCAAGCAACACCCGCUUUCCAUCCUCUCAGCGUGGUUCGAUUCUUUCUGCUUUUAUAAUCCUCCCUGACCUUUCAGAAUGAUCUGAAAAUUCUCGACUUUAUCAUAUUAUUUUAGUAUCACCCCGAAGUAUUGACAUGUUCUGCUUAUAAUUAAAGUAUGACGUCGCUCGAAUUUUCUGGUCUAAAACCGAAAAUCAUCCCUUGCAUAUUUUAAUUAUGAGGUUUAGUUUCCCCUGGUGAAUUUAUCUCAGAUGUGCCAGGGAAGCAAGAGCUGAGUGGUUUUUCCUACAAAACUCCUGACCAUAGGGAAUUUUCCAGAAGGGUCCACUACCUCAGGUGGUGAACUAUGAACUUUAGGGUGCCGAUCAGACCAGAGUAAGUGCCUGAGCUCAAAGAAGAGUCGUCGAAACCCAAACUUCAAGAUUUACGUCCUUAUUGGUGAGCAAAGUCCAAGAUGCCACACCUUUGGGGUGCCCUGAGAAAAAAUGGCACAAAAUUCGCCCUAGAGUGGUGUUUUUAGGAUACUAAACGUGCUAUUUAUAAUUAAGAUAAAGUUAUGUUUUGCUUACUAACAGGAGAUGCUCGCAUUCAAAAAUACCAGCCAAAGCGCGGAAUUCACAUUAUGAGCGCUUGCCACUCCAAAGAAAGCAUUCGAGGCAAUAUCAUUGUUGUAGCAGAGUCUGAUAAAAUUUUCAAAAUAAUUCACACUUAUACUUUUGCAAUUCUUUCAGAAAUAAAUUCCCAUUCCACAAGUAAAAUAACUUGUAUGAUAAACCCAGCACCUGAUCUAAUUUACGCAGGGUUUCAUGACGGGUCAAUAAAAGUUUGGCAUUUCUCUCAGGAGUCUCCACAAUUUUAUUUUCAUGAAGACUCGAUAGUUCCGAGUGUGAGGACAAUUGAAUAUUCCCAUAUACAAAGAUUUAUUGUUGUGGGGUAUGAAAACUCAUAUCAAAAAGAAGACGGGAGCUAUGUUAAACUUGAUAACAACCCGCUGAGGAUUUAUUAUGCAGCUGCUAAUGAACAAAAUAAAUCAUUAUUAUUAGAAGGAUUUUUAGGGGCUUGCUUAUCAAUUGUACUAAUAGAAAAUAAAAAUCUUGUGAUAGCGCUGAGUUCUGUACAAAGCGGAGUUUAUAUAUGGGAUUUUAUUACAAGGACUAAAUUACUGUGCUUUAAUGUCCCAAUUAUGAGCCAAGCUCAAGAUAUUGCAAGUAAGCUCACAGCAAUUGAGAUGCCAGGCAUGAGUGAUAUUUUAUUGAUAGGGAAAAGCGAUGGGUCAAUUUUAGUUUCACAAUUAUACUCUAUCGGCCUAAUUUGAUUAUAAAAUAUACUAGGCAUUUACUUUUGAAUAUUAAUCUGAGUCAGGAUAACAUUUAAUGAAGAAGACACAAGCCUAACAUGAAGUCCAUUACAAAAAAUUCAGCCAAAAAUGUACCAAGUGCAGAAUGAAAAAGAAAGCAACUGAAUCACAUAUCUAAGCUAUGAUAAAAGUAUCGAUGCAAUUAUCACUGGGGAUGCCUCCUGCAGUGUUAGAAUAGUCUCAAAUUUAUUUGAUGAAUGUUUAGGAAUAAAACAAAUAGCACAUGAGUCACAGGAUGUUGAACAACUAGAUAAAUCUUUGGAAGAGGAGAAAAAAUAUGACGAGUCUUUAGAAGAGCCAAAGAAAAAUGCAGAGGAUAAUUAA